GGCGGCCCCGCAGUGUCCGGCAGGACAGCGAGGGGACAGGGCAGGAGUGUGCGGAUCUGUCGAGGAGCCCUCACGUGCAGCCCACGUCGUUUCCCUCUUCCUCUAGCAGCCCCACAGCUGCCCCCUCCCCACCCUCAGCCCUCAUCCCGCAGGAUGGAGGAGAGACCGCCCAGCCGCCCCAGGGUGGCCUGGGAGAAGAGUGGGGCUCCCCAGGAUAGAAGACCUCCACCGGAGCCCUACGAGGUGACCGAGGUGCAGCCGCUGCAUGCCGAUGCUGUCUGGGAUGCUGUGUACGAAGAGGAAAAGGAGGCCAUAGAUUGCAUUGAAGCCUACGUCAACAGCACGGAAAAGGAUCUGGUGCAGAAGAUGCAGUUCCUGAACAGCAUCUGCACACUGUGCAGCAAUGCUGGAAACAAGGGCUCGACAGAGGGCCUGGAUGUCUUCUGCUUCACAAACAAGCUGGCAGAGAACAUGAGGGUUCUGUUGUCCAAGGAGCCCAUGGAGCAGCUGUGCACAGCACUGCGAUACCACACCAUGAAUGCUAUUGCUGCCUUGAGCAGUGUGAAGGCACUUUCAGAGGAUGAAAUAUUACGUCUCUUAAACGUGUGCUUCCAAGUUGUCUUCUACCUUCCUCCAGAAGAGGACUUGAACACUUGCCUCUACAACCACACCCUGCGUGCUAUGGACAACAUGCUGCAGAUAUUGCUGGUCAGCCAUCCCACCUCCAGCGUCAGUAAGGAGCUGCAGAAUAUCUUGGAGGUGCUGCUGCCCUUCACUGUCUCCCAGAGCAAAAUUGUGCGUGAGAGGGCCAUGGAGCGGAUGUGGAACCUUUGUGGUUUCAUGGCCAGCACUUGCUGGCAGAAGUCACUUGGAAAAAGCCUCCUCCCUUCUCAGAGGACAGACAUCAUCCUGAGAACCCUUAAGAAAAUCAUUGAAGACUGCAGCAUUAAGGACAAGGAGAGAGCCAAGAUUAUACUGGAUGUGGUUCUGAGAGAGCCCGCCACCUGGCUGAUGGAUGUACCCAACAUUCUGAAGUUCAUCCAUAGAAACCUGGAAAGUAACAGCACACCAGUUCAGCAGAUUCUCUUCUCAGUGCUUGACGUGCUCACCAACCAGUUUCCCAGGGAUGUGCUGACAAGUGUGUUGACAGACCUCCCACAGAGUGACAGCACUACCCUGGACAUCUGGAAGACAGUGUUCCAGCUGACAGAGACUUCUGGGAGGAUCUUGGAAGAACUGUGCCAUGUUCUCCAGGACCAACAGCUGUGCGGGAUCUUUAACAGCACCACAGCGGAGUUGGGCCUCCUUCGCCUGACUGUGAUGCAUCCUACUGAUGAGAUCCUGAAAGAGUUAUGUAAGCCAGCACUGCUGCAGAAGUGUCUGAAGAUGGAAAGCCUGCCAAUACUCUGGCUGGUGCUCAGAGGCCUUGGCCUGCUGUCAGAGAGACCUGAGAUGGCAAGAGAAAUACGGGCUCUGCUGCCCAAUGUCAUGAAUACCAUGAGGUCUGCCAACGCACACAUCACUGUGAAGGCGCUGAAUAUCUUCAGAAACGUGAUGAGUCAUCUGGGGAAGAGAGAGGCUAGUGCCAUUGCCCUGGAGCUGGCUGAGGAGCUCCUGCCUCUUUUUGAUCAUGUAUCAAGUGAAGUGCGAGAGUGUUCCAUCCGCCUCUUCAAAGAUGUGACAGAGGCUGUGGUGUGGUGGCAAAAGGGAACCAUGAAGAAGAACGUACACAGGGGCCUGCUCCCUCUGCUGCUUCACAUGAGUGAUGAGACCCCGAGUGUUGCACAGGCCUCUAGGGAAACCCUAGUCACUUGUGCAAAGUUCCUGAAGUGGAAGGAGCUCAAGCGCCAGGCCCGGGCAGAGAACACUGUGGAGAUCAGGGAGUGCUUGGUGCAGAAGGACAGGAAGAGAGUGGAUGAAUACCUGUGGCAGAGCCUGCCGUACCUGAAGGAUUCUCAGGCCUCUUUACGAUACGAGGCUGUCAAAUUCAUCGGGGUAGUUGUGCGGUACUUCUGGGAAGAAAGUGAGGAAAAGGUGUUUGAAAUCUGCAGUGCCCUUCAGCCUUUGGAAGAUGACCCUCAUCUGGCAGUCCGUUCCCUGGCAGCUGGGACAAUCCUGAGUCUGAAACGUGAAAUGCGUCCAGCAACAGCUCGGGACUGGCUCGUACAGCUGUGCUGCUGGCACCACUAAACCACCUCUUCUAGGGCGGAUGGCUCUAAUCAAUAAACUUUGAUUA